CUGACGCGGAAGUACUUUUUAUUUUAUUUCGCUGACCAGACGCUGAUAAUGCUUGCUACCAUUAGACACAUUGUUAGCAGCAAAACACAUAUCUUCAUAGUAAAACAAAGUGUACUUAUAUUUCCAUCAAAAUGUCGAAAAUUCAGCUUUUGCAGGUUUUUCUAAACGAGCGCUUAACAGCAGCGGCUGUUGAGAUAUUAGGGGCUGUGGAAAAUACCAUAGCAGAGUACCAGGAAGAAAUCUCCCGUUCGAAGGAGGAGAUAGAACGUCUACAAAGGCUGCUGGAUUUGGCUUUCAAUCCCGACAUAAAGUUACAUAUUGCAGACUCCCAGCAGCUCACUCCCCCUGUCCCUGAAGACAUUCCUCCUGAGCAGCAGGACUGGAGCCCCAGUCUGGACCAGGAGGACCCAGAGCCCACUCAGAUUAAAGAGGAACAGGAGGAGUUUGUGACCAGUCAGGAGGAAGAGCAGCUUGAAGGGCUGGCGUCUGAUAUCAAAGAGUUCAUAUUCACUCUACCCUGUGUAAAAAGUGACUAUGAUCCGGACCCUCAUCAGCCCUUAUAUCUUCCCCAAACCCAGACUAUGGAGAACAGAGAGAGGGACUCUCUUCCCACCAAAACAACUGAACAAGACAUCAAAACAGAACCUAAUGGAGAGGGCUGCAGUGCAUCAGAACCAACAAGUGAAUCUAAACCCCUCUCUACAGUACACUCAGACUGCUCUGCAACUCGGAUUGGGAACAGUGAAAGUGACAAUGGGGUGGACUCUGGAGGAUUAAUGUCAGGGUUACAGCCACUCAAAUCAAAGACAACUUGGACGAAGAAAGAACAAAGCUCUAAGAUCAGGGAAGCCAGUGAGUUGAAAGUUCCAUUGAGGGAGGCUCAUUCAGGGGAGAGACCACACAGGUGUCCUGUCUGCAGGAAAUGCUUUCUGAAAAGUAGCAUUUUAAAAGCACAUCAGAGAAUUCACACUGGGGAGAAACCAUAUUUCUGUAAUGUAUGUGGCAGAAGUUUCAGUCAGAAGGGAACCCUAACGGAACAUAUGAGAAUUCACACUGGGGAGAAACCAUAUCAGUGCAAAGAUUGUGGAAAAUGCUUCAGCCGAAUGAGAAACUUGGCAGGACAUAUGAGGAUACACACUGGGGAGAAACCAUUUAAGUGCAGUGAUUGUGGCAAGUGCUUUAGUCAGAAGAUAUGCCUGAAAGAUCAUAUGAUGACUCACACAGGGGAGAGAUCAUAUAUUUCCCCGCUUUUGCCAUCAAACCCCUGCAACAUAUCCAGAUCGCCGCAGCACGCGUGGUGUUCAACCUUCCCAAGCUCUCCCAUGUCACCCAGCUCCUCCACACACACUGGCUUCCAGUCGAAGCUCACAUCAUCUUUGAGACCCUGGUGCUUGCCUACGGAGCAGGAAGAGGACCUGCCCCUCCCUAACUUCAGGCUAUGGUCAAACUCUACACCCCAACCCAAGCACUCCGUUCUGCCACCUCUGGUCUCUUGGCCUUCCCACCCCUACAGGAGGGCAGCUCCCGCUCAGCCCAGUCAAAGCUCUUCUCUGUCCUGGCACCCCAAUGGUGGAACAAGCUUCUCCCUAAGUUCAGUACAGCGGAGUCCCUGCCCGAAAACGUCUGACACCCUACUUAAAUAGCCCCCCCCCCCCAAGAGUAUAGGUUUAAUCACCAUGAGCAAUGUCAAGCGUCGGCUGGAGUGGUGUAAAGCUCGCUGCCAUUGGGCCCUGGAGCAGUGGAAACGUGUUCUCUGUAAUGGUGAAUCACACUUCACCAUCUGGCAGUCCAACGGACGAAUCUGGGUUUGGCAGAUGCCAGGAGAACGCUACCUGCCCCAAUACCUAAUGCAAACUAUAAAGUUUGGUGAAGGAAGAAUAAUGGUCUGGGGCUGUUUUUCAUGGUUCAGGCAAGGCCUCAACUGUACAGCAUACAAUGACAUUCUAGAUGAUUCUGUGCUUAUAACUUUGUGGCAACAGUUUGGGGAAGGCCCAUUCCUGUUUCAGCUUGACAAUGCCCCGUUCACAAAGCAAGGUCAAUACAGAAAUGGUUUGUCGAGAUCGUUGUGGAAGAACUUGACUGUCCUGCACAGAGCCCUGACCUUCUAUCCAUGUUGUAAAAAUAUUGAGAAAUUGAGGUUGUCCCUUGAUGUUCAAUUCAUUUUAGAUUUUUUUAAAUGUACAUCUCAAAUGUUAUUCUUGCUGUUAUUUACAUAUCAAAUGUUGAUAUUUUUUGAUGUAAUAAAAAUGUACUUCCAUGUGUA